AGCGGGCCGGCGGGCGGACCGGGCCGGGGCUGGAGAAGUUUGCGCGGCGGCUCGAGAGCGCAGGGUGCGGGCCCCGCCGGCCGCUGCGCGCCCGCUGCCAUGGCUUUCCGCAGGAGGACGAAAAGUUACCCGCUCUUCAGCCAGGAGUUCGUCAUCCACAACCAUGCGGACAUCGGCUUCUGCCUGGUGCUCUGCGUCCUCAUCGGGCUUAUGUUCGAGGUCACCGCCAAGACUGCCUUCCUAUUUAUAUUACCUCAGUAUAACGUUAGCGUGCCUACAGCAGAUAGUGAGAGCGUGCACUACCACUAUGGGCCGAAGGACCUGGUCACCAUCUUGUUCUACAUCUUCAUCACCAUCAUCCUGCACGCUGUGGUUCAGGAGUACAUUUUAGAUAAAAUCAGCAAACGGCUUCACCUCUCCAAGGUUAAGCACAGCAAGUUCAACGAAUCUGGACAACUGGUCGUCUUUCAUCUCAGCUCAGUGGUAUGGUGCUUCUACGUGGUGGUGACGGAAGGAUAUUUAACAAACCCAAGAAGCCUCUGGGAAGACUACCCACACGUGUACCUCCCCUUCCAGGUGAAGUUUUUCUACCUGUGCCAGCUGGCCUACUGGCUGCAUGCACUGCCUGAGCUGUACUUCCAGAAGGUACGGAAGGAGGAAGUCCCCCGCCAGCUCCAGUACAUCUGUCUGUACCUGGUCCACAUAGCUGGAGCAUACCUCUUAAACCUGAGCCGCCUGGGCCUGAUCUUGCUGCUGCUGCAGUACUCCACCGAGUUCCUCUUCCACAUGGCUCGACUCUUCUACUUCGCAGAUGAGAACAACGAGAAGCUGUUUAAUGCCUGGGCUGCUGUGUUCGGGGUCACCCGCCUCUUCAUCCUCACACUUGCCGUGCUGGCCAUCGGCUUUGGACUCGCUCGAGUAGAAAACCAGGCCUUUGACCCCGAGAAAGGAAACUUCAAUACCUUACUUUGCAGGCUGUCCGUGCUGCUGCUGGUGUGCGCCGCCCAGGCCUGGCUCAUGUGGCGUUUCAUCCACUCCCAGCUGCGCCACUGGCGGGAGUACUGGAACGAGCAGAGCGCCAAGCGGAGGGUCCCAGCUGCCCCCAGACUGCCGGCCAGGCUCAUCAAGAGAGAGUCUGGUUACCAUGAAAACGGAGUAGUGAAAGCAGAGAAUGGGACCUCCCCACGGACUAAGAAACUCAAGUCUCCUUGAGGCCAAAGUGCUGGAACAGGGAUCCUCCCACGGGGGCCAAGGCGGGGAGGUGGGGAGCCCGGCCCCGCCACCGCCUUCCCCCUCCUGCUCCUGACGCUCCAUCUCAAGCAGCAGGAACCUGUCUUCAAACGGGGCUUCGCCUUUCUUACUCCUUGGCUUUCUCUUCUUACUCUUCCAUAAACCAUUCUCAAUAAAACCAAAACUCUUCCUUCCUUCUCUUCCUCAAGCCACCUCACGUCCUCACCUCUGUCCUGUGUUGGGUUUUCUAGAAGCCCAGGCACUCAUAGUUCUCUUUUUGCUUUCCUCCUCUUUCUCUUCCUUCACGGCUGCUGCUUUUUACUUCUUUCACUGUAUUGUGCAAUUUUUCUGUGUCUGAUUUUUACAAUGAGAGGGAGCUCAAGUUGCAGUCCUGGCCACUCACCACCCAGCGUCAGUCCCCAGGACCCGUCAAAGCCAGAAGCCUCGUGCCGAGGAGCCUCUGCCUGGGGCUGGUAGCAGGCCCACCGGCGGGCCCCGUGUCCGGGCAAGGAGAGGAGAGGCCAGCCCUCUCGGAUCAUAAUCUCCCAGGUGCUGAUUAACUGAGAUGUAUGAUUCCAGUUCCGCACGCACUGGCUGGAGGCCCGGCAGAGCCACCACUGCUUGGUGUUGCCAAGUCAUUUGGCUGUGGGGCAUGGCGACCUGGUCCAGAAAGAUGGUGUUAAGUGUGUUGGGUCCCGUGACUGGAGAUGGCUUCAUGGUGGCUGGUCCUGGAUGGGGGCCAGCCUGCCCUCACUCUGCUGGGGAGGUGCUGGAGGAGGACACGUCUUCCCACCCUCUAGAGCAAGAACAAAGCGUACGGAGCGGCAGGCUCUUCUGGAAAGGUAACAGCGGCAGAGGUGACGGGGCGGUUCGCCUCAGCCUUUCUUCAGCCCCAGCCCCAGCUGCUUUUUCAACCGUUCACCAGCAUCCAAAACCAAAUCAAACCACAGUGAACAGACCAGCAUGACGGACACUGGUCCUCGACCCCAGACCCAGGGAGCCCUGUCAGGGCCCGCCUCGCUACCCGGCUUCAUCUCUCUGGCGGCAGGGACGCUGAGCCCCCCACUGGCCUCCUGGUGCCCCGGGGAGGGUCACUGGGCAGCUUUGCCAUCUGUAGAGUAUUCUUCGGCAAGGUCAUUGUCAUCCUCUGGUUUGUCCAGCGCGCCCCCAGUACGUUAGACUGUCCGAGAGCAGGACUGAUUGGAAAUCAGUCUGCAGGGUAGAGGAGCAGACACCACAGUGCCAGUGGGAGGCCUCUGCCUUGUCCCUCACGCAUCCCAUCUCUCGGCUCCACCCAAAGACAAGGCCUCCAUGUCCAUGUGGGGCCUGGCAAUGACUUCAGGAAGGGGUUAGGCUUUCUAAGGUCCUAAUUAAGGAGUGUUGAAUUCUGCAUCGAGGCUCUGGGGAGCGAUUCUUGGGGGGGGCAUAGAAAUGUUAGUGUCCUUUUAUGUGCUGGUCCUCUUUCUAAUGCCCCAGUAGAAACCAAACCUUGGGGUAUUCUCCUAAAAAGGGGGAGAUGGGUCUUUUCAUCAGGGCAGCUCUCCUCCUCCAUGUCACUUUUGUUAGCGAUAUACUGGAUUUUCCAGCGACUGAGGGCAUUGUUCCCUCGCACCACUGUCAACCCUCCACUCUCUGUCCAGGAUCAGGUAGAAAUAGGAAAAGCUGCCCUCGGCUUCUGAUUACCCCUAGGAAGUGGGACGGCACUUGUGGAGACCUGCAUCGCUCCUGUCCUGGUCUGAUGCUUCUCUGGGCUGCAGAGCAGAACGUUGCUAAAAGGGUCCUUGGAAUCAACCCUGCAGACCCAAGCCAGGACCCCUUAGCUGUUCGGCCACAUCCCCUGCUGAGGCUGUGGCUGCGUUCAGCUUUCUUACGUUGCCUGGAGAUGGAGGGGCAGCCAGCCAGCAGCCUACCACCUGCCCAGCAGCCUCGCCACCCCUCCCGGUCCUCUCCUGGCUGUGUCUCUGGCAGCGAACUGCCUCCUGCACGGGGCCACUCCCUCAGGUGAGCCCCAGUUAAACUUCGGUGGGUAUGCAGUAGGCUGCAGGCCCGAGAGGUGGGGAGAGUGGCCCCAGGCAUGCCACCAGGCACCCCCUUCUCAUGUAGGUGUUCUAGGUGCUUAUGGCCAGAGACCACAUGGCUGCAUGAUCCCUAAGCCUCCUGCGAGCUUCUGGCUCUGUGGUAGGUGUGAUUCAGAGGUGGUUCCACCCCUCCAGUGGCCUGAGCCAGCCUAGGCUCCCUGAGAUGGUGAGUAAGGCCAGCCUGACCGUAGCAGGGCCUCCGGGAUGAUUUGAGGGGAGGGGGAUGAGAGUAAAGGCAGGGUGCUUGGUCACCUCCUGCCAUCCCCGCCACAUUUAUUUCUGAGCAGAGCUCGGGCUUCAGCAGGCUGGCUUAAAGCAGGUUUCCGAAAUAACUCUAUCCUGUGAGCUUGUUGUGCUGGCUUGUCCUGAUUUGGCCACUUCGGCUGACGUCUUCCGUCUUCAACACUCUCUCCUGUUCCCAAAGUGCCAAGCCGUCUGUGAAGGCCCUGCUAGACAGCUCCGAGUGUGAGAGGCUGGCUCAGCCAAGAGCAGAGAACAGAUGCUAAUCUACCUCAGCCAGCAGCCCCCUCUCUCUAAGCAUCCCUGGCCGGUACAGGUGCGGCAGGUGGUGGUGGGGAGGAGAGGCCGGCUGUGUGGACGGGAGGGCCUGGUGUUGCUCGGGUUCAGUGGUGGGAACGUUAUUUUUACCAUCCAGGCUCUGAGAGCUUCAUUGUUAGUAAGCUAUAUGUGUUCCUUUUGAAGGUAGGGGAAGGUUCUAGAGGAAAGGGAAGCAGGCUGAGCCAGGAGGAGAGCCACUUCUCCCCCAUUCUAGUCCAUUCUAACUGUGUGUGUGUGUGUGUGUGUCUGUGUGUGUCUGUCUGUCUGUGUGUCUGUCUGUAUGUCUGCCUGCCCGCCCACCCGCCCCCCCCCAACAGAUGUAAAUGGUUGCCCAGAACCUUUUCUGUUUCUGUCCCAAGGUAGAACUUCUGACAUUUCAGAAACCAAAAGAGACAUCUGUGCUUUGGCCACCUUUGCAGAUGUUUCUCUCAGAUCCCUGGAACCCUAGAAACCCCUUGAACCUGGGUGGGGUGUUCUCCCAGGGGGUGGGCAUCUGGGUUUUCUUUAGGGACCCUCUUCAUUAGCAGCCUUUGACUUUUUUCCCCUAAGUGGUAAGAGGUAGGGGGGCAGAGGGUACACCCCCUCCCAAGACUCCACAAUAGAAAAUUCUGCUCCCUGGACUCUUCUUUCAAUUUGAAGUGGCAUGCCAGGCCCCACGCGGCCAGGGAAGGCUCGGCUUGUGGAUUGCCUGGCCAGGUUUCAGCCGUCCCUGUCGGUGUUUCCUGGGCCUGGACAGAGCCCCCGCCCCUUGCUGAGGGCCUUGGAGGCCCAAGUGAGCAGACCUGGGCCAUAAUGGAGGGGAUGCUGCGGGCCCGGGAGGUGGGACGACAGAGUGGUCUUUCUUCCCUACCACUGCCUCCUGGCCCACAGCCCUGCUCCUCAGAGGGGCACUGGGUCAUUGCCUAGCUGUGUGACACUUAAAUAGAAUCCCUCUUCAGCCCGAGGCUGGCCCAGUAAGGAAGCCUUCACCGGCUUCUCUGUCUCUACCCAGCUCUCUCCUCCGCUGCCUCCCCCACUCCCAGUUUUUAUAGAGGUCUCAAAAGCACCGCCACUUGUGCGUUCCGUGCUGCCCUGUGCUCCGCAGCCCCCAAGAGAGUUUGUCCGGAGCAGACCCUCCUCCUUUCUGUGUAAGAAGUGCCUUACUUGCCGCGUGGUCUUCCAGCCUUGGCUUGUGCUGCGUGGCCGGGUCCCCAGCCGCCAGGCCUCUAGCGUGAUCUGCCCUGUGCAGCCAAGGACCCUGGACCCCAGUGUAUUACAUGUGAAAGGGACGCGGAUUGUGACAGUUUGGCCUCACUCGUCUCCGUCCCCUCCCCCUAUCGUGUUGGGGUGUGUGGUCUGUUCUAGGCUUUGUUUCUGGUGGUUCUUUCGUGUCGGUUUUCUGGCCCACGGGGGCGGCUACAGAAAGAGGGAGGGCCAACUGCAGUCACCUGUGCCUCCUACCUGUGGAGGGAAGCCUGGCGGCCUCCAGGGACCCGAAGUGCCCCGUGAGCCCUGCUCUGCCCGCACCCCCACCCCCAGAUUAAAAAGAAAGGUGCCCUGGCUAUACCCUCUUACAGUUUGCUUUGUGUCCCGUUCAGCCCGCCGUUUGUGUGGUGAAGGUGUCAGUCACAAGUGCCGGCCCACUUGACGGCGGGUCUAGCCGGGCUGUUGCAGAAGCUCCUGGCGCUCCUCUCAGUGUUACCCACGUCUGCAGCGGCCGCCCGCCGUCCCCCUGCCCUUCCGGGCUGUGCAAUAACUCUCCCAGCGGCGGGCCUCCCACAGGCCUGCGGUCCCCAGACACCCCGCAGCUGGGAGGGAAGGGGCCCGGGGGAGGGCGGUCGACAUCCCUUACACAGGAAAUGUGCGCCACGUCCCCUGUGUUGUUGCCCGUCCCUUCCCCCCGGGUGGGUUUCUGUGGCACUCGAGUAGAGCAUCGUGGCAUCGCCUUAGAAGUCCGUGUGUGUGUGUGUGUUUCGUAAUCUGUUGAAAAGGAAAAUAAAAAUCCUCAUGAUGGGGCAUUAAAUAAGUCCGUGUCUGGGAAUGAGAUCUGCUGUGACCCCUGUGAUGUCACCGUCACUCUGUCUAAAGGCGUUCUAGAGCUUCUUGUUUGUGCGGAGACGCGGCCACACGGGGACAGCCCUGCUCCCCCGGUAGGAGCUGGCUGGCGUCAUAAGUGCCACCACUGCCUUGGGGGAGGAGUCGCGUGCGCGUGAUGAGACCACACACCUCACGUGUCCGUCCCUCUGGUUUAACAAACAGCCAGAGGACAAGCUGCGGCUGCCGGUGCCGCCGUGAGCAACUCAUAAUGCAAAUGCGGACAAAGUGUCUUUUUGUUUCCUACUUUAGCCUGUUCACCUUACGGACCAAAUUUCAACAAGGAACUCAAGGAAAAUUUGUACCUACCGUAUUUAUGCUUUCAUGUAAAAGGGUUUUUUUGGGGGGAGGGUUCUUUUUAUGUUCAGUGAACUUUUUUCAAAAACCUUUUCCACCGUUUCUGUCUGGUUUUAAAACAAAUUACAGUUUUGUAUGGAUUUUUUUUAAAUGUACGUUUUGAAACAAAUGAUCAACAAAUAUUUUUGAAAUAACUGAAUAAAAGGCAUAGAAUUAUCAGUC